AUGGAGUCUCUCCAACUACAAGGGGCAGCAAAGCUUCAGCAGGUCACAAAGUUGCUCGCCUCGCUCGAGAAAGACCUGCAAGACAAGCAACUCACUUCUGCGCAACGAGUUCAGACCCUUUUGCAGCUGCGCCAGCAUGGCACGAACCCCGUCGACGCCGGGCCGAUUUACUGCAGCGAUGGAAUCGGGAUACUAGCACGCUAUGGUGUUGAAGGAGGGACUGCCGACGUACGACGGGCUGCCUUGCGGUGUGUGGCUAAUGCGCUUCUCCUCGACUCGAAAAUGCGCCAGGUCUUCGUGAACACGGGGCUUGCCGGCAAAUUGGCGGAAAGACUGAAGAUCGAUAACUCCGAAGAUGAAAUGCUUUCGAGCCGGAUCCUAUUCUUGUCGACAUACGACACCAAUCUCGAUUUCGAAGUCAUGAUCAAGAAGCACGGCCUUGGUGACAAUGUCAACUAUCAACUUGGUCGCCAUGCAAAGCAAUUUCCCAAAUCGGGCAGACAAUCUCUGUCACAAAUGGACGAACUGGCUUUGAUAGACACACUAAAACUGAUUUUCAACGUUUCGAAGAUUUAUCCAGAUCUCGCAGUCACAUUUUCGCCCUCGAUACCCCACGUUUUAAAGAUCAUCAGCCGCAUAGAUAUCCCUGCACAGCCGCUGGAAGGCCUGCUGAGUUACUUGAUCAACUCUUUAUCGGUUCUGGACCUCGAAGAGAAGAAGAGCAAAAUAUUCGACAGUAGUCCUCUCUUCCCGAAGUUCAACCAGAACUGCAACGUGGAUAAGUUGAUCAACAUUCUUGACCAGGCGGUGUCAGCAUACAGCCCAGAGCAACUGGAAGAAAAGGCUGUCCCGUUGUUGCACUCUCUCAUCGUGGUCCACGAAGUUGCCCCCGACGGACCACGCAAGUAUAUGCAGUGGCUUCUGCUGCCGGAGGACAGCGACCGGAGUUUGCCUAUUGGACAGUCCGAUACCCUCUCAUCACGACUGUUGAAGCUCUCGACAAGUCCGUAUCCAAACCUCAAGACCGGUAUCUCUGAGCUCAUGUUUGUACUUUCUGGCAAGGAUGCCGAAAACCUCACAAAGAGGAUCGGCUAUGGUUUUGCCGCGGGAUUCUUGGCAUCUCGUGGCAUGGAGAUCCCACAGAGUGCUGGGGAGGCAUAUGCGACCAAUACCGAGAACGGGUUGGAUACAGCGGUCAAUCCUAUCACUGGCCAGGCCUUCGCGUCGGAGCCUCAGGACAAUGGUCCACCCAUGACUAUGGAAGAAAAGGAGAGAGAAGCAGAGAGGCUCUUCGUACUUUUCGAGAGGGCGAAAGCAAAUGGCCUUCUGACCGUAGAGAACCCUGUGGCUCAGGCUCUCCACGAAGGAAGAUUCGAGGAAUUACCCGAUGAUGCUGAUAGCGAUUAA